AUGGCGAUCGAUAUCUCAGAUGGAGUUGCCACACUAAUAAUCAAAGCCACCGACGAUAGUACAACAGAGCCCGAGACCAAGGAUGUCCAGUAUGAGCCUGAGGGCACCCUCUGUGAUUUCCGCACCCUCUACCAGACAAAGCCCGAUGUAUAUGGCAAACACUCAUGGACCAAAGAAGUACCCAUCGACUUGCCCGAUCCUGUCGAGGAUGCAGAGUCAGCACAAUACGCACUUAUCGUGAGAAAGGAAAAGUGCUAUGAUGGACGCAGGAGCUUGUCUAUUCAUUCCGUCAUAGUUCAAAGCGAGCGUCUCAAGGAGUUUUUGAAAAAGGCACUGAAGGAUUAUCCUGGUAUCACACCGACCUUGCAGCGCCUUGAGAUCACAUUACCUUUCCGGCCUUUUGUUCAUCGAUGGGAAGAAAUCACCAAAUUGCGAGAUGAAGAGCAGGAUCCAACUGCCAAGGCUCAUGUGGAUCUGUUCUACCGCAUCAUGGACGGGGAACUCAGGGAUGUGAUUAACCGCAAGAACGACCUGGUUGCCAAAGGUGUCAUCACUCACGAGUUGGCUUGGACAAUCCUGGAACCUCAAGGUGUGUUCCUUUCGUCGAGUGAUGGAGCACUACGUGCGUAUUCGUCCACGCAAGCAUCAGCGGGAUAUGAACUAUUGCAACAUGAUUAUCUCGAAGUCGAAUACGUUGAGUUUGACGGAAGCAAGUUCGGAUACAAAUACACAGAGUUCACGAUACCCCACUUUGCGGGCACUAUACCAAUUACCUCACUGCCUAUCUUUCCACUCGAAUACCACCCAGAAAAGGAUAUUGUCCAAGAGGUGUUGACUGCACGGGGCAAGAAGUGGGAAUCGUACAAGGGGUACCAUUUCAAAUCCUAUGAAGAUCCUUCGACCAGCACGAGCUCCAAAAGUCAAGACAACAAUUUAGGCGACACCAAAUAUCAUGUCGAGCGGCGCGUCAUCAUCGACACUGAGGCAUACAAGCUUUUUGGGCAUAUGCAGGAAGUCCACCUUGACAGGGAGAUCGAUGGAGAACUGGAUGAUGCGCAGCGCCUCAUUGCAACCCCAAUGCUCCGUGGAUAUUCUCUGAAUGACAAGGAAUGGGAUUCGUUCCACGUGGAUCAUUUGAAAGACAUUGAGUGGAAUGAGCAGGCCUUUGAGUCACUAGUCCUACCGCGGGAGCAGCAGGGGCUCAAGGACGUGAUCUUGGCCGUCGCAAAGGCUCAAUCCAAGAAAGUGGAUACAUUUGACGAUGUCGCUCGGGGAAAAGGCCAGGGGUUCAUUAUGCAGCUCAGCGGUCCUCCGGGGGUCGGAAAGACCCUGACUGCGGAGAGCGUUGCUGAGGUUAUGAAAGUGCCUCUUUAUGUCAUGAGCGCGGGUGACCUUGGAGUUGACGCUAGUGUCUUCGAAACAAAAUUGAAACGCAUCCUGCAGCUGGUUCCCAAGUGGGGUGCUCUUCUAUUGCUUGAUGAGGCUGAUGUCUUCAUGGAAGCCCGUGAUUCAAGCAAUCUCGAUCGCAAUGAGCUUGUCUCUAUCUUCUUGAGAAUACUUGAAUACUACGAGGGUAUUCUCUUCUUGACCACCAACCGUACACAGAAUAUCGAUCCUGCCUUCGAGUCUCGGAUCCACCUUUCCCUCACCUACAAAGAGCUCGAUGCGGAAUCCAGGCGCCAGAUUUGGAGACAGUUCCUAACCCGCUCAUCGAACAUUGAGGCCUUCACGGAUGAGCAACUUGACCAGGUGGCCGAGCUGCAAUUGAACGGUCGCCAGAUCAAGAAUGUGAUCAAGACAGCCGGUCUCUUGGCUUGGUCCAAGGAACGUGAGCUUCGAUAUGAAGAUCUGAAGACGGUGCUUGCUCUGGACGAUUUGCAAAAGUAA